AUUUGGCACGUUUUGAUAAAUUGUCAAUUUUUCGAUCGAUAAAUAUUAAUAAAUGAGAAAAAGAUAGGUUAUUAGUUGCUUGGUAUCGUAAUUUUACAUGACAAGACGUAAUAAUCGAUGAGCAUGGCGGAUAUAAAGAUUAUCGAUCGUUAUGAUGAAUAAUGUGGAGAAACCUGCAGCUAUGGAGACAGAAUCAUCUGACAAAGCGAAGAUAGAAAAGAGACAUUCAAUUUCGUCUUCCAACAAUUAUGAUUCUGAAAAGAACAGAAAAAGACGGAACGUAUGCAGUAAGGAUAAGAGAAAGAAGUCGAAACGUAGAAGUAGUUCCAAUAGUUCUAGUUCUUCUGAUAUUUCAAAUUCGGAGAGAAAUACGUAUAAAGCAAGAAAGGAUAGAGAUGAGGAUGUAAAGCACAGAACGAAAAAAUAUGAAACUAGUACAGAAUUGCAAAGAAGAGGUGGAAGAUAUAGUUACGAUCACAGAGUCUAUAAUCGGAGGCACAGUAACUUUUUGAAUAAUCAAAGAGAUUAUGGUUAUUCGCGACCUUACAGACAUCAUAAUUAUUAUAAUAGAAAUAGAAGAGAUACGUAUAACAAUUAUCAUUAUGGUAGAUAUAAUAGCAGAUCUUUCGAAAGAACUUUUAAUCAUAACAGAUCAAGGAUACCAAACUAUAGAAAUACUGGUCAUGACGCGACUAGUCAAAGAGACAAUAGUUCAAAGGAACGUACGGAUCAACCUCGGGAUCAACCAAGAUCUAUUUCUAAGAUAGAAAAGUCUGAUUCAAUAAAAGAUGACACAGAAACAGUUGAACAAAUAAAACAGAAAGAGAAGAAAAAAGUAGAAAAUACACAAGAUAUAACUCAGCCAAAUCGCAAGAAAUUAAAGAGGAAAAGAUUUUCGUCUACUUCUAGUUCUUCUAGUGUCAGUAGCAGCAGUAGCGACAGUAGCUGUAGUAGUUCCAGCAGUAGCAACAGCAGCAGCAGCAGCAGUAGUGAUACUAACAGCAGUAGCAGUAGCAGCAGUAUUGAUAGCUCAGAGGACGAGAAGAAGCAGAAGAAGGCUAAGAAGAAGGCUAAGAAAUUGAGGAAAGCUAUGAAGAAACGGAAGAAGAAAAAGCGGAUGAAGAAGAAAUUGAAAAAGAAACUAAAGAAAUCUGCGUCCAAGAAAAAAGGACACAGCAAGAAGAAGUCUAAAGAAAAUAAACAAGUUCAAGAUAGCAAGGAAAAAAUGAAGGAAAUUGUCUCGAAUGUAAUAGAAAGAGCGAAAGCCAUGGCACCUAUGACGAAAGAGGAAUGGGAAAAACGACAGAGCAUCGUACGCAGAGUAUACGAUGAAGAGACUGGGAGACAUAGAUUAAUUAAAGGUGACGGAGAAGUUUUGGAAGAGAUAGUGAGCCGAGAGCGUCACAAGGAAAUUAAUAAACAAGCGACUAAAGGAGACGGCAAAUACUUCCAAGCACACUUGAAGAGGAAUGCUCUGUGAAAUAUAUGUUAUUGCGCAAACAAAAACGAAAAGCAUAAGUAUCCUCUUUACAUACAUAAAUAUAUAUUUAAAAGAACUUAUAUUCUUCCUGACAUACACACUGUUGCUAUCUAAUAUCAUAACAUGUUUUGUAUUGCAUUGCGAUUUUGAACACAUUUAUCUAAGGGCAUACGUAAACUUGUUAUGUAUUAUUACAGUUGUAAUUCAAGCAUAGCUAACAGGAAAUUAGAUUAAGUUUUCUUAUGAUAUUCUUAGUAUGUAAUGCUGUUUAUUGAAAAUAAAUUUUUAUAUAGGAUA